CAGCGAUAUCACUAAAUUUACAAUAUUGUGCCUCAGUAAAAUAGUUCUGUGCUAUUUCGGCAAUACUAGUGGCUUACAACAUUUCUAAACGGCAAUUAUAUAAUUUUCGUUGCAAUUUGAAAUUCCAAAUGUAUAUGAAUUAAACAAUAUAUUUUAUCUAUUUUUUCUCCGACUGACGGACAACUCAAGUAUUUCAUAAGGAUUAUCAUUAUAACAAGUUUUUUAAACCGGUGUCGUGCAAUGGUCGACUACAGAGAAUUCGACUUUCCUGCCGAACUGUGUUGUUCACCCAGUCCGCUGAUCGCAAUCGCAGGCCUGGACACCGUGAACAACGCCAUUCACAGAUCUAUUUGGGAUGCAUUCCACAGUCCUGUUGGCCGCGAAAGCCGAGCUGUUUUGAAUUUUUUCCACCUUACAUCAGAGUUUAAAUUUCCUACAAUGAGCGAAAAGCAGCUUAUGCCAAAUAUCCCUAAAGGUAUACUGAAGAGAAAUUGGAUUGAAAAACACAUCCAUUAUGAUCCUGCUGUUAUUGUCAUUUUUUAUGACUGUGAUUGGGAUGAUGAAUCUUGGAAUGAAAAGAUCAGCGAGUGUUCGUCCAGAGUACAAUCAAUUAGGUUAUCACUGGAAGGCAGAAAAUCAAGAAUAGUUGUAGUUUUAAUACAAAAACAAUUGCCAAUCCUAGCAUCAGAUGACACCACUACUACUGAGAGAGCUGCUUCGCUGUGUGUAGCAUGUAAUUUAGACCCAAAGGCUUUAUUCAUACUUCCAGUGGUAGACAAUAUUCAUGGUUAUGCUAUAAGAUUGGAAAAUGCAUUCUAUGAUUUGGCACAAAAUUAUUACCAACAUCAAAUACGUGCAGUAAAAUUAAAAUUAGAAAACUUAAGUAAAACUAGUCAUCAGUAUUUAAUUGUUCGUUAUGAAUUCAAAAUUGGAUUUUAUAAUGAACUAAAACAAGACCACCACAAUGCUCAUAAGCACUAUCAUCAGUGUUAUAUGUCUUUAUUAGAAAUUCGCACUUUUGACACAAACAUCUAUGAAGUGAAGGUAGUAGCUGCAUACAUUGUAUAUAAAAUAAGUAGAUUGCUGUUUUCUAUGAAGAGGGCACGAGAUGCAUUGUCUCAGUUUAAUUCCCAUAUAAAUGUGUUUAAAUCAAUGAUUGGACCACCAGAAUUGAUGUUUGAACAUUAUGCUUGGUUAUCUAAACAAUUUUCAAUGUUUGCUUCGUUAUUUGAUGAAACUACAGCUGAGAGCUUUACUGCUACCCAAGCUAUGAACCCGGGAUUUUUCUUUAAAGAAGCUGCUGAAUAUGCAAAAAAGAGAAAAGAUAGUGCUUAUAAUAUUUGCCAGGAUGUUAAUGUCUAUCCAGCUAGCAACCCAUUAAAUGAAUGGAACAGUAUAGAAUUCUAUGGGCAAAGACCAUGGAGAUUAAUGAAAAAUAUUAAUAUUACAGACUAUGACACUAUUGAAGCAGAUGGUAUCCUAGCUUUGAAGUAUUAUGAAAACUAUAAAGUCGAUCAUUCAAAAUCAAUCAUUAGUCUUUUAGGAAAUGCCAUGAAACAAUUCAAAAAUUACAAAUGUCCUAGGAUGAGAAAUUUGUUAGCUGUACAAAUGGCCGAUGAAUAUUAUAAUGCAAAAGAUUACAGUAAAGCACUGACAUUAUGGAGUCACAUGUUAUGGGAUUAUCGAGACGAAGGCUGGAAAGCGAUUGCCCAUGAAUUAGUAAACAAAUGCCUAAAAUGCGCUUAUUUAACUGCUAGUGUUCAAAAUUAUGUUGAAUUAAAUUUAGAAGCUCUGAAGUAUUACAAAAAUGAUGAUCUCCAAAAAUCUUUAGCUAAUAUUGGUUCAAUAAUACAAAGACAAAUUCCAGAACCUGAAAAUGGACUCGACGAAUAUGAGAAAAAUAUUGCUGUGCAAAUGUGGCAAAAAUGUGAUGCUAUGAAAUCAAAAUCUGUUUUAGAAAUUGACAUGUCAGUCACAAAUUCUACAGUUGAUACUAAAGUUGUUCUGAAAGAUGUGUCAUGUGAUAGCAUUGAAAUUGAUGUAUUUUUAAAAGCAAAUUUUCCAAUAUUGGUGCAAUUUUCUAAACUUACAGCUUGUGUUACUUGUAUUGAUAAUUCAUAUGAUGUUGAAGUUUGUACAGAUAGCAGUAAACUUAUUUAUGGAGAAUCUAAGACUUAUAAAUAUACUUGUAAAUUUGUACCAUCUCCAAAUGACAUCGGAAAAGAAAUAACUGUGAAUUCUAUUCAACUGCAAUUAGGCAAUGAACCCGAUUUUCCAAUAAUGUUAAAGUUCUAUAGUUCAACUAAAAAAACAAAAAGUUUUGAAAGAGAAAUGAAUAAUUUCAGUUUGUCUAAGACUUCUGAUGAUGAAUUCGAGAGAAUGAAACAAAUUACAUCAGCAACUCUGAAACCAAGAAGUUCAAGACUAGGCAUGGUAAUUAAACACGAUAACCCAGCACUAUUGUUGGAAUGGUAUAAUGUAUCUGUGUGUUUGACCAAUUUAGAAGAUCGGCCUGUCAGUGAUAUCUGUUUAAAUUUAUCACUGAACCGUAACAAUAAUGAAAAAGUUGAACUCUCGACUGAAAUAUGCGAAGACCCAGAUAAGAAUACAUUAUCAUUACCAGUAGAUUUCAAAAUAGGUAACAUGCUUGUUGGUGAUGAAAAAAAUCAAUCUUUCUUCAUUCGUUCUUCAAGUUUAGAUACUCGUUAUUUUCAGCUUAUGAUAAGUUAUACAAUUGAAGAUAAUAAUGGAAUAAAGAUUGCCUGUGUGAAAGAUGUUGAAAUCAUUAUCGAUGUAGUUGUUGUAUUUGACAUAUCUGUGACUUACAUGUCUUCUAGAUUUGAGCCAGUAUCCAAAAUACAUAUUGGUGAAUCAUUAAUUAUGGUACCGUGUAUAAAAUGUCUUUCUCCUUGGCCAAUAUUUAUUGAAAACACAUCUUUUCAAUUGGCUGAACACAUUGCAGUUUCUCCUGGUGGUUAUCAAUCAGUUUUAAAUGAAGUAGUUUUAGAAUCUGACGAAAGUGCUACUGAAAUAAUAUGUGUAACACCUUCUGAACAUAGUGAAAAUGUUUUAGGAUGUUUCACUGUUAAUUGGAAAAGGUCUAAUAUGGAAAGCAAUUGCAAAAGUGGAUACUCAUGUUUAGAGUUACCUAAAAUAACUACUGAAAAAUCUACAUUUUUGGUGGAUAUGAAAACACCCGCCCAUGGUUGGCUACAUACACCAAUGAGUAUAGUAUAUUUCUUACAUAACAAUUCUGAGUCUUUACUUACAUUAAACAUAUCAAUGGAAGCUAAUGAAGCAUUUAUGAUGGCUGGACAUAAAGAUCUAAAUGUGACAAUUUUGCCAGAAAGCACUUAUAAGUUACACUAUAAUCUAUAUCCUCUUGUUGUUGGAGUGUCAACAUUACCAAAAAUGCACAUCAGCUGUAAUUCUGAAUCAAAUGAUUUGAAAAAUAUACUAAAUGACAUGCUAUUAAGGUCUUUACAAACACAUAUAUAUAUAAUGCCGAAACAUGUACCAACGAGUACUGCAGAAAUUUUUAACUAAAAUGCAGCUUAUAUUUUAGUUGUUAUGUUUUUAAAAAAAAAAUUUGUUAUACAAACUCAAUUAUUAUUAUUUUGGUUGA